UUCUGCAUUUAUUGACACAUAAUGAAUUUAGCAGAAGGCAGCCACAGCUGGUUUCACUAGCUCAUACAUGCUAGAGAAAAUUAUUUUACACUUGUUAUCCAUAGCAGCAUCCUUGCAGUGUGCCUGUGUUUUCUGGCAAUGCUGAGUGCAUGUUAAAACCGGGGUCUUCUUCAUACAUAGGGAGGUGCAGAACAGCCACUUUGCACAUAAAGAAAAGGGAAUUGAACAAUCAUUUCUGUUCUUCUGUUGCACAAGAGAUUUUUCAUGUCUGAAGAUGAUGGUGUGUUCAAAGUGCCUUAUGUGGUUGAUCUUCAGUUUAUUCUACCUGAAAAGAGCCCAUGGAAUAUCUGAACCUUCUUUUAUAGCAAAGAGUGAAGAUCGAUUAUUCAAAUAUUUAUUUCAACAACAAGAUUACCAGAAGUGGGUUCGUCCAGUCGAGCAAUUGAAUGAUACUGUGAGAGUGAAGUUUGGUCUUGCUAUUACUCAGCUGGUGGAUGUAGAUGAAAAAAAUCAGCUAAUGACCACUAAUGUAUGGCUAAAACAGGAAUGGGUAGAUGUUAAGUUAAGGUGGUGUCCUAGUGAGUUUGCUGGGAUAACAUCAAUUCGGGUGCCAUCUGAUUCUAUCUGGAUUCCUGAUAUUGUUCUCUAUGAUAAUGCUGAUGGACGUUUUGAAGGUUCUGUUACAAAAGCUGUUGUGAAAUAUGAUGGCACCAUAAACUGGACACCACCAGCAAAUUAUAAAAGUUCUUGUACUAUUGAUGUGACCUUCUUUCCUUUUGACCUCCAAAACUGCUCUAUGAAGUUUGGAUCCUGGACUUACGAUGGGUCACAAGUUGACAUCACACUUGAAGACUAUGAGGUAGACAAAAGAGACUUCUUUGAUAAUGGAGAAUGGGAAAUAGUAACUGCAACUGGAAACAAGGGGAACCGAACAGAUGGAUGCUGUUGGUACCCACAUAUCACCUAUUCCUUCAUUAUAAGACGCUUGCCCCUAUUUUAUACACUCUUUCUUAUUAUUCCUUGUAUAGGACUUUCCUUCUUAACCAUUCUUGUUUUUUACCUCCCUUCUAAUGGGGGUGAAAAGGUUUCACUUUGCACCUCUGUGCUUGUGUCUCUAACUGUGUUUCUUCUGGUGAUUGAAGAAAUUAUUCCAUCUUCAUCGAAAGUCAUUCCUCUUAUUGGAGAAUAUUUGGUGUUCACCAUGAUAUUUGUAACACUGUCAAUUGUUAUAACAGUGUUUGCCAUCAAUAUUCACAGCCGAUCAUCCUCAACACACAAUGCAAUGGCACCAUGGGUGAGGAAGAUCUUUCUUCAUAAGCUUCCUAAACUGCUUUGUAUGAGGAGUCAUGUAGACAGGUACUUUACGCGGAAAGAAGAGACAGGAAUAGUCAAUGGACCGGGGACCUCAAGGAACACAUUAGAGGCAGCUUUGGAUUCCAUUCGUUAUAUAACACGACAUGUGGUCAAAGAACAUGAAGUUCGUGAGGUUGUCGAAGAUUGGAAAUUUGUGGCUCAAGUAUUGGACCGCGUGUUUUUAUGGACAUUUCUUCUGGUUUCAGUCAUUGGUUCCAUAUUUCUAUUUAUCCCAGUCAUACACAAGUGGGCGAACAUCAUUGUGCCCAUACAUAUUGGGAAUAUUUAUGGAGAAAAAGCUACAUGAACUGUUUUCCUGUAUAUUUACAAUUCCGAGCUACAAAAUUUAAUGCAUAGCUCAUAUAUUUGCUGCUGUACUAUUUUGAAGAUGAAUGCUUUCAAAUAAAUUAUUUUUAUUUAAAU